UGCCUUCCUUAUAAAGAGAGAAUGAGAUGCCAGUAUUGGGCACCUUCCUAUCUUCCAUUAACGCUGUUGCUUGUCACAAUCUCUGCUCCUCAUUGUUGUCCGUUACAAACUUAUAAAGGUCACAAUCUUCUCUUCCUUUUUUACCUCCUCUCAAUUGGAAACAAAUUAACUGCUCUCUCUCUGCUGCCUGUUUCACGUUCAACGAUCUCAGAUACGCCAAUUCCAAGUUGCAGCAGACGCAUUCUUAACAUGGCAGAAGCACCAAAACCCAACUCGGCGAGCAAGAAUGAUCAGUCGCUGACGCUUGAGAAGGUAAGACAGGCAUUGAUCAGCCAAGAAGACACCAUCGUGUUUAGGCUGAUUGAGAGAGCCGCCUUCCCUCUCAACUCUCCUACCUACCACCACAAAAUUUCGUCUUCACCUUCUGUGUUUAACUUCAUUGUCAAGAGCACCGAGGCCCUUCAAUCUCAGGCCGGUAGAUAUGAAAUCCCUGAAGAACUGCCUUUUUUCCCAGAAAACUUACCACCUUCAUUGCUGCCGCCUCCUGCUGAUCCACCGGUAUUGCAUCCUGCUGCAGCUUCCAUUAAUCUUAACAAAAAGAUAUUGGAUAUAUAUUUGAAACAAUUGCUUCCUCUGUUUGCUGUCCCCGGUGAUGAUGGAAACUAUGCAGCAACUGCCUCCAGUGAUCUUGAUUGUUUACAGGCAAUCUCUAGAAGGAUUCAUUAUGGAUACUAUGUUGCUGAGGUCAAAUUCAGGGACGCCCCUCAAGAUUAUGAGCCUGCAAUUCGCGCUCAGGACAGAGAAGGUCUCAUGAAAUUGUUGACAUUUACGAAUGUGGAAGAGCAGGUGAAGAAGAGAGUUGAGAAGAAAGCAGUGAUCUUUGGGCAAGAAGUGAGCCUUGACAACAACACUAACAGUGUAAAACAAAAUGGAACUGUAAAUGGAAAAUACAAGGUUGAUCCGUCUCUAGUUUCUCGUCUCUAUGGAGAAUGGGUAAUGCCUCUCACAAAGGAUGUUCAAGUUGAGUACCUCCUUAGACGCCUAGACUAGACACACUCAAGUUAUUAGAUUACGUCCACAUUCAAGUCAAUCUCUGUCCAAUUUUUUGUAUCUGUAUUAUUCACAAAUUCAUGUGAGAUGUGAGGGUCAUGAAACUUCAAAUUUGAAUCA